GUGAUUCGUUCUGCAGCGAAGCCCACCAGCAGGGAAAUCGUAACUGCCACAUACGUUAAAUGAUGAUUUGUCUUCUUUAAUUACAAAAAAAGGCGCCCACGCAGUCUUCAGUCACCGUAUGAGCACCCAAACGUCUAAUAAAUGCUUCUUAAAGGAAGGCACGAGGAUUGACUUGAUAAUGACAAGCCUGUCAGACGUAUUUAAACAUCCAGAUGGCGGUACCGUUUCCUGCAUUACUGUUUUGACCACUGAAAAAAAUGCAGAAACUCAUGAGGUCACAAUGGUGGUGUCCUACAAGCUCGGGAACGACUGGGAGGAAUUCGGCCACACAUAUGAAUUCAAGCAACCUCAGUCUGGGGCACAUUACGUCACAAUGAAUAAUACCCAACUGAAUGGUAGGAGCUGCAGCGAUUCCGCUCGCCAUAUGUCUCACAAACAUUACACGGUGUCGCAGCUUUACAAGUGUGAUAAUAUGUGGUGCGCGGAUGCAAAACGAAACCGAAAAUUGAAUAUGUAGUGUGCCGUGCGGUGGCGAAGUGGAUGUGAUGUGUAUGUGCCGUGCGGUGCCGACGAGGAAGACGACAGCUCGUGAGGCGCGGCCUCGAGGGUGGGUGGCCCGUGCCUUCGGCAGUGCGCGAGGUUGGUCGUUCGAGGCAGGACUACCUCGUUGGGCGUCUGGCCCAUAGGUACGACCCCGGCCACGUCGUGACACUCCCACCAAAGCUCAGCCUUCCGCUAGACGACCGGUCUAGGAGAGCUGACGCCGGGUGCCUGAACCUGCCCGUGCCCCGCUGGUCUUGGAGAGCUGACGCCGGGUUUGAACCUGCCGUUGACCCGCUGUUCCAGGAGGGCUGGCGUGGGCUUCCCAGGCGUACUGUUCGUGCUCAAGGGCACAACUCGCUGCCGCCGGAACCCGUGUGUCGUCGGCUCCGUCGCAGAACCGCUGGAGUUCGACGCGGCGACCCUGCGUCUUCCGACUUCGUCACGGCAGGUGACGGCGCCGCAACCACGUUGUCUUCGCCACUGAAAGGUGCCGACGGGAAAGCAACGACGGCCCAGGCGACUACCCCGACGACCGAACUGUAGGCCGGACGUUCUAUUUAUUCAUUUAGUUUAGUCCGCGUGCUUUUUGCUAGCAAUGUCUUAAUGAAUGUUUGUUGUCCAUGCGUGAAGGGUGCAAUAUAAGUGGGACGUGUGUUUGUGCACUGGCGUGCUGUUGUGAUUCUUUCUGGAGCGGUCCUGCCCAAAUAACAUCACAAAAUGGCGAGCCUGCCAGGAUCCGCUCGUUAAACCAGUGAAAGAACAGUUUCGUUCGAGACAGACACACGUUCAAACUGCACCAUGGACUUGGAAAAACUCGCAGCUAUAGGGCUCCAACUAGGGUUCUCGGGUGCAGAGCUUAACAAGUGGAUUGAGGCCCAACAAGCUAAGCUAAGGGAUGAGAGAGCUGCAGAACGAGAGGCCGCCAAAGAAGCUGACGAAAGGCAACGCGAAAUUCUGUAGCUAAAGCUCAAGCUUCAGGAAGGAGCUCAGAAUAUGCCCGUAGCAGCGAAUGACGCUUUGACUGCGCCCAGCAACUCCUCGCCUCUCAAUCCGCAGAAGUUACUGCCUUUAUUUGACGAGAAACGCGAUGAUUUGCACGCCUAUCUGCAGCGAUUCGAGCGCGUAGCCACAGGACAGGAUUGGCCGCAAGAAAAAUGGGGUCUCGCUGUAAGCAUGUGCCUAACGGGUGACGCGUUAACCGUGACAGGCCGAAUGACUGCCGCCGAUUCCCUUGACUAUCAGAAAGUAAAGAAAGCUCUACUGCAGAGAUUUCAGUUCACGGCUCAAGGCUACCAAGAGAAGUUUAGGAAAGCACGAGCAGCAGAUGGUGAAACUGGCAGACAGUUAGCAGCAAGAAUUGCCAGCUAUUUUGACCAUUGGAUAGACAUGGCAAACGUAUCGAAAACCUACGAAGGUCUAAGGGAUCACGUAAUCUCUGAGCAAUUCUUGCGUUGUUGCCAUCCAAAGCUGGUUGUUUUCUUGAAAGAGCGAGAGUGCAAGUCACUAGAUGAGCUCGCUAAUUUGACGGAUCGCUUCCUGGAGGCGCAGAAUUUGACUAAUCUAGGCAAAGGUCCUGAACCAGCGAAAGAAUCAGGUGGAAAGCCUACCGAAGCGUCGCGUAAACCGCAACUCAAGUGUAUCCUUUGCAAUCGUUUCGGACAUUUAGCUCCUGACUGCCGCAAUCCACCUAAGCAGAUGCUAAAGUGCAAGUUGUGCGGAAAAACGGGACACGUAACAGAAACCUGCCGAAACCAGCAUGGGGACCACAAACCGAGUUCGUCGUGCGCAUUUACUGAAUCCGAAUCUGCCCGGACUGCAGCUAGGAAAGCAUCCAAGCGUCCAGGAGGGAAGAUUCCUUGCGCAAGUCACCACGACGACGACAACUUGCAGGGUGCAGUACGUUUCCUGGUCGACGGGAUGCCAGUGGUCGGAGGUCUACUGCUAGGAAGAGAGGUUCGAGUACUACGCGAUACGGGAUGCAACACGGCAAUCGCCCGACGAGAGCUCGUUCCUGAUGUGUGGCUCACAGGCAAGAACAUCGGCGUCGUUCUCCUAGACGGGUCAACUAGCCAUCUCCCGGAAGCUGUUGUACAAGUCCACACACCGUACUUCACAGGGAUGCUGAAAGUGGCUUGUAUGGAUCGACCCCUAUAUGACCUUGUGCUGGGAAAUCUUCCAGGCGUCAGAGGACCGUACGACCCGGAUUCUGACUGGAAGCAGGCGGCUCGUACCCAGGUGGAUGAGUUACCGGCGCAAGCACACCCGACCAAGUCCCCUGUCACCUCAACCACUGUCUCUUCAAGCGUGGCAAAAGCCGAAGCCAAACAACAAGGCCAAGACAAGAUCAAGCCUUUGUACGUGUCAACAACUUUCUUACCUGACGUUACCAGAGCGCAACUCGUCGAGGAGCAGCGAAAGGACCCGACCCUAAAAGCUGUCUUUGCUAAAGUGAACAAAGAGUUCAAAUCGGGAAAGGGUCACAGUUAUGAGUUCAUUGAAGAUAAAGGAUUACUUUAUCGACGCUACCGCCUGGCCACUGGAAGAACCUUUAAACAGAUGGUCACUCCGAAAGUGUUCCGGGUCGGUAUACUGGACAUUGCUCAUGCAAGUAUCAUGGCAGGACACCAAGGCAUCAAAAGAACCACUGAUCGUGUCCUGGAAGAAUUUUAUUGGCCUGAUUUGAAUGGGGACGUCAAGCGCUUUGUCAAGUCUUGCGACAAGUGCCAGAGAACUACCCCUAAAGGAAAAGUUGGAGUCGCGCCACUAGGCAACAUGCCUCUUAUCCGGACACCUUUUGAAAGGGUCGCGGUUGAUGUAAUCGGCCCAUUUUCACCAAGAUCGGACCGUGGGAACCGAUACGUUUUGACACUCAUCGAUUUUGCUACUCGUUACCCCGACGCUGUAGCAUUGCCCGCAAUCGAUGCAGUUCACGUUGCGGAAGCACUCGUCGAGAUUUUCUCCCGCAUCGGCUUGCCAAAGGAAAUGGUAACCGACCAAGGGGCAAGUUUCACCUCAGAAUUAAUGAAAGAGGUUAGCAGGCUUCUCUCCGUGAAGAUGCUAAAGACGACCCCAUAUCAUGCGAUCGCGAACGGUCUCGUGGAGAAGUUCAAUGGCACCCUCAAGACAAUGCUAAAGAGAAUGUGCCAAGAGAGACCUCGAUCUUGGGACCGGUACCUUGCUCCACUGCUAUUUGCAUAUAGGGAAGCCCCACAGGCAAGCCUCGGGUUCUCUCCGUUUCAACUCAUUUACGGCCGCCACGUCCGAGGACCGCUAACCGUGCUGAGAGAACUGUGGACAAAUGAGGGGCUAGACGCAGAAACGCGGACGACUUACACCUAUGUCUUUGAUUUGCGCAAUCGCCUAGAGGAGACUUGCAAGAUAGCACAUGAACAGCUGGAGAAGGCUCGUGCGAAGCAAAAAACCUACUAUGACAAGAAAAGUCGCCCUAGAAAACUAUGCCCAGACAAUAAGGUUUUAAUUCUGCUGCCGACUGACUCCAACAAGCUGUUAAUGCAGUGGAAAGGGCCGUUCCAGGUCAUCGAACGGAUAAACGAUGUGGACUACGUCAUCGAUGUGUCUGGGAAAAACAAGAUUUUUCAUAUCAACAUGCUCAAAAAAUACGAAGAGCGCGAAUCUAUGGAACCGCAACAGGUCUCAGUUGUUGCAGAGAUCCACGAAAACUCUCCGAAGAAGAAGACGGAGUAAAACGAAUGCCAAUAUUGGGCUCGUAUCGCACGCAGUUUUGUGCGGAUACCAAGGGAUUACCAAACCUUACAGCUCAACAAGUUAAGAAUAUGCAGGCACUAUUUCAGGAGUACAUGCAGACAUUUUUCAUGACGUACCUGGGCAAACAGUGCGAAUUAGUUGGCUAAUAGUAGCGACACAGCCAAACCCGCUUGUACUGUAGUUGCCUAACUGCACUGUAUUGUUAAUGUGUCCAUGCGAACACUCAGGCCAACUUACCGUGCACUCAUAGUUCGCUUUGUUCCGCGCCUUUGUGCUAGAAUAGUUGUGAACAACUUUCUCGAAAAAGGGGGUGAUGUGAUAAUAUGUGGUGCGCGGAUGCAAAACGAAACCGAAAAUUGAAUAUGUAGUGUGCCGUGCGGUGGCGAAGUGGAUGUGAUGUGUAUGUGCCGUGCGGUGCCGACGAGGAAGACGACAGCUCGUGAGGCGCGGCCUCGAGGGUGGGUGGCCCGUGCCUUCGGCAGUGCGCGAGGUUGGUCGUUCGAGGCAGGACUACCUCGUUGGGCGUCUGGCCCAUAGGUACGACCCCGGCCACGUCGUGACACUCCCACCAAAGCUCAGCCUUCCGCUAGACGACCGGUCUAGGAGAGCUGACGCCGGGUGCCUGAACCUGCCCGUGCCCCGCUGGUCUUGGAGAGCUGACGCCGGGUUUGAACCUGCCGUUGACCCGCUGUUCCAGGAGGGCUGGCGUGGGCUUCCCAGGCGUACUGUUCGUGCUCAAGGGCACAACUCGCUGCCGCCGGAACCCGUGUGUCGUCGGCUCCGUCGCAGAACCGCUGGAGUUCGACGCGGCGACCCUGCGUCUUCCGACUUCGUCACGGCAGGUGACGGCGCCGCAACCACGUCGUCUUCGCCACUGAAAGGUGCCGACGGGAAAGCAACGACGGCCCAGGCGACUACCCCGACGACCGAACUGUAGGCCGGACGUUCUAUUUAUUCAUUUAGUUUAGUCCGCGUGCUUUUUGUUAGCAAUGUCUUAAUGAAUGUUUGUUGUCCAUGCGUGAAGGGUGCAAUAUAAGUGGGACGUGUGUUUGUGCA